GAGAAAAUUUUUUCUUGUUGCAUGCAGAAUAUUGUAGUGUGAGGAGGUAUUUUAAUGGCGGAAAAGAUUAUGGUUCGAUGAAAUGCGAGACACAGCUCUCACACAGAAGCCAUGUGGUGUUUUGUGUCGCUUCCCGAUUCAGUUAUCACUGAAUUCGAGCUCACGGAGAAAGCGCUUGGACAACAGCUUUUGGAUCAGGUUUGCCAGAGACUUGGUAUUAUAGAGGUAGACUAUUUUGGACUGCAAUUUUCGGGUCCAAAGGGAGAAACUUUAUGGUUGAACACAAGGAAUCGAAUAAGUCGCCAAGUUUCCGGUAAUCCUCCAUAUCGACUCAGUUUUCGCGUCAAAUUUUUCGUUCAGCCACAUUUUUUACUUCAAGACUCUUCCAGGCAUCUUUACUUUCUGCAUCUAAAAAAGGACUUUACAGAUGGAAAAAUCACCAGUCUACAAUCCAGAAUAGCUCAUUUGUAUGCUCUUAUUGCUCAAGCAUUAAAUGGGGACCAUACAGAUGGGCAUUCACCUUGUAGUUACUGCAAAAACUCUGAUGGAGAAUGCAGAAAGAACUGGACUUCGGACUCGGUGGCGACCGCACAUGCAAAACUUCGUGGUUUAAAACCAUCAACAGCGGAAUAUGAAUUCUUAAAAGAGCUAGCAGACCUCGAAAAUUAUGGGACUGAGUUCCAUACAGCUAGAAAUACUGAGGGUAAUCACUCGAAUAUUGGAGUAAGCAGUAAAGAACUUCGAAUUUAUGAUGCGGAGUUUAACUUUGUUGAGAGCAUAUCAUACAAUGGACUUAAGAUGGCAACCCACACGGGUAAGAUUCUUUACCUUACCAUUAUGGGAUGUGAUGGAGACCAUAUCCUAGAAUUAAAGCUGCACACCCAAGGAGCUGCUUGUGCUUUAUAUCGAUCUAUCACAGAAUACCAUGCAUUUUAUCGCUGYGAGACAGUUCGUAAUGCAGUCAAAUGCCAGUUCACCAGAGACUUUAAGGAGACMUUUUUCUCUCUAUUCAAUGAAGAGGAAUCUGACAAGAAAUACAUAUUUGACGUAAGAAGAACUUGUAAGGAAGUAUACGACCACUGUCGUAGAGUUCUGUAUAACCAAGGGUACGAUCCUAUUCAUAUGGUGCCAUAUACACUGGAACAAAAUGUUUCAGUCCAACUGGAGGGAAAUGGAAUUGAACAGGAAAGUGAACUGAAAGAAAARCUCAACAAAAUGGAGCAUGAUCUGCGUUGUAAGAUAUGCAUGGAUGCUGAUAUAAGCACAGUGUUUUGCCCAUGUGGACAUAUGGUUUCUUGUGAUGUCUGUGCUGAUCAACUAGAGAUGUGUCCAGUGUGCCGUAGUUCAAUUGGAAAAGCACAGAAAGCAUUUCUGCCUGUAACCAUGGCUACCUAGGUAGUAAGUCAUCUUGUCUUAGUUCCAAGUUAAGUUAAUAUCUGUGAAUAGGCCARACAUGAAUCCUUAGAUUCUGCAUUUAUCCAAAAUGGUAAAUAUGAUACAUACAUUAGAGACAAUUCUUAGGACAGGUGUUUGAAAUAGCAAAUUGAUACCAUCCUGAUAGACCAUAAUUAAUGCAAGCAUGAUUUUGUUCAUACCCAAACUAUACCAGAAUGCACAAUGUUUCUAAAUGUGGAAACUUGUAUUUUGCUAACCAGUACCACUUCUCAUAUACUUUAAUUUGAGUAAUACUGUAUGAAUCACCUUUAAGACCCUAGGGUUGUCCUGUAGUUUGAAGCACUAGUGAACUGGUUUAUGAUCAGAAUGUGAUGUUUUUUAAAAUCUGUUUUCAAUUCAGCUUAGUCAUUAAUUGCCUCAGUGCUAAAAAAUACCAAAAAUUAGACCAUUUUGAUUUUGAUUUUCAUAAUUUCUGUUGAAGUUAAAUUUUUGAAAUGUAUAUUCCCCAAGCAAAAACUUACCACAGGUACAUUAUAUUAUUUAUUUUUGACAAUGUAAGAUAGUGUAUAUUAAAUAACCCAUAGAAGUUUUGUAGUAGAACAUAACUUGGGGGUUUAGUUUUGUAUUUAGAUGCCUUACUUGUAGUAUUUAUUAUAAGAAUAGUUUAAUAUUUCCUCCUUCAUAUUASCUGUAAAUCUAAUUAAUGCAUCUCUUUAUAGCUUCAGCAUAAUGUUUUCCAAUUUCUGUUCAGAUCACAUGUUAUUCCCUAGAGUAUUAUUUCUUGGUUUAACAGUCUUGCAGGAAAAGACAAAGGGAUGUGGAUGCAACUUAAACAAGAAAUCUUGUACGUUCUCAAGACAAUGACAAUGAUCUAAAAUGGGAAAACAUUUUGCCUAAAGGAGUAAGGCCUAUUUAUGGGAAAUGUUUUUGAGUUCAUUUCCAGUUCGUAAAGAUUUUAUAGUAAUCUGAUUGGUGAAUUAUUAAUCUAAUGAGAUUAGUGUUUAAGACUGAUUGGAUAUCCCAAACUAAUCCUUACUACAUUUACUUACCAAAAUUUUAGAAGUGAUCAAUAGUUUUGUGUACAAACAGUUAUAUAUAGAGAACAAAUUUAUGAGGCCAAAGUAGAGAUAUUAGAUUACCUUUGUUCAGUAAAGCCACAAAAUGUUGAUUAUGAAUCAGUUUACUCAGACAUAACAUGUAUUAAUAAUACCUAGGUUAUGAGAGUGGGAGGAUAAUAAUAGCACUUGUCAAAGAUGUGAAAGAAAAUGAAUGAAUGUGAAAGAAAUUCCACCUGAAGAUGAUAGAAAAAAUAAUCAUUAAUAAUUAUUCCAUUUUAGCAUCUCAAUCAUGCAGCAACUAAUAUAAUGUUAUAAUUUGUAAAAUAUCUACUUUUAGUUUUUUUAAGAACUUAUAGUCAGUUUAUUCAUCACGUUUUAAUAGUUGCCAGCUUAGUAAGAUUUCACAUAAAGUUGGUCAUAAUUGCAUCUGCUUAAUUUCUUCUCAUAUCAACAUGGCCACCAUGAUGUAGACUGAAAUAUUUACAAGUGCAAUCUUGUUUUGUUUUAAGUGUCCCUAAUACAGACUGUAUUAACGUUUAAAUUCUAAUGCAGAUGUGGACAAAGUAGAUACUGGUGGAUGCCAAUCACAUCUUUUCUAUGUCGUUCCACAGGUGUGUUCCUUCGUCACAUAAAGACUUGAUUGAUAUCCACCAAAAUCCUAUUUUGUCAUAACAGAAAAUUGUGGAGGUUAGUUAAGAAUGACUAACACUGAAUCACCUGCUUUGUGUACAGUAUCUUAGUUGCUGUAAAGCAAAAUUUAGGAAAAUAUUCUUUGGCACCAGCUAAUUUAGAUAUAAUUGUGCCUAUAGGAUUUCCGAUUGUUCAGUUGUUUAUAUGUACCAUUUUUCUUCUAGCUUCAAAUUUUUAUCCCAUACUAUUGAAAAUAUACAGCCACUCAGAAUGCAAGAAAGCCGUGAUUGUACAUUUUGCCGUAUUCUACCAUUUCUUCCCAUCAGGAUUUGUGGGUGUUGUGAUGCCUAGGUAUAUUCAAUCGUGUGGGAUGAAAUACUAUUAGAUACAAUGCUUUUUCGUGGCACACCAUGGAAUAUCCCAAUUGUUAUUUGUAUUUUCUUAUUAAAAACACUCGCCUUCAGGAAGGCGUUUGUGUAUGGUAGAAAUUACGAAUGUCUAAUGGGAUAUUCCAUGGUGCGUCACUCAAAACCAUUGUAUAACUAAGUUUAUUAGAWUUACCAGUAUUCACCCUCGUUCUGCAAAUAAUCAAUAAUUCUCAAAUAGAAUAGAUAGGUUUGGGUAGAUUUGCAGGCAGUUUACUACCCAGCAUUUUUAAGGUAUUAACAAGGAAUCCCCAGAUGAUUUAUAAUUCAUAGUUAUAUAUAAAAGAUAUUUCUGUAUCAAAAUAGACAAAGCUUUUUAUUAAAAAUGUUUUUUAUUUUCA